AUGGCUGCCGACGCUGAUACUGCGAAUGCCUCAGAAUCGCAUUCACAUACUAGUGGCUCCUCGUAUAUGGAUUAUGGCCUCCCAGGAUAUCAGAAGUCUGUCAUUAAAGCAGAAUUAGUUAUUCUUAAUGUUAUCAAUGCCCUAAUUUUCUCUCCGCAUGUGGUUCCACGCUAA